UUACUCGUGUGCGCUAGUGAGCUCACUAGUCGUGUGAACGAGUCCCAAAAUCGUAUUAUUAAUAUUCGCGAGCUCGAGCCGUAAACCAAUCACUAUACGGGUUGCUGGUAUGACGAACGUUGUAACUACUACCGCAACCGCGGUCGUUGUGAGAUGAACGCCACCGGAUGCCUGACGGCCCUGGGCGAUGGCGGCGAGGCAUUCGUCGUGAUCUCGUCCGACGGCGACGACGACUACGGUGGAUGCAGUCGCCGCGGACGCAAUGGCCGCCGGCCCACAGAACCACGGACCACGUCUCCGCGGUGCCCGACCGGCCGGCCACCGACGCCGCCUCCACCCGUUCUUCCGAUGGCCACUGCCGAAACGUACAAAUUUAGACCACGCCGCAAAGACCGCGGUGCGUUCGUCGUGCUACCCGAACCACCAGUGGCGUCUACCACGGCCACAUCGAACACAGCCGAUGCCACAGCUCGGUCGCAAACUGUUGGCGGUACAGGUGUCAGCGGCCGCGUCAGCCCAUUCCGUGGCUAUGGUUUCAAAACGCCCGAGAAUGGACGGUCGCGCGCGUCCAGUCCAUCGACGUCCGGACGGCUAAGGCGUCAGUCGUCCGAGCCUCGAAUCGUUGACAAUAGUCGUGGGCCGUCAACCAACAAAACUGAGAAAAAACGGCUGUCGGCGUCCACCAAAGACUUGUCGAUGGCCGGAAAAUGGACGUCCGGUUCGUCUACUAAACAACCGUCGGCUGCGAGUGGUGCUACUGGUGGCCAGAAAACCUCGGUGGUUGGAAAGCCACCGACCAUUCCGAUGGCCAGCAGCGCGGCAGCUGUCAAAUCUUCGCCGCGUAAGAAGUUGCCACCGACCCCACGCAAAUCGGUGCCUCCCAAGUCACCGCUGCCCCUUAAGUCACCCAAAACGCCGAGACGGCCGAAACCGUCGACCGACGCAGUGGCAGGCCCCAAACCUACUGUCUCCGCAAAACCGAMCGUCAGCCGUCCACCGGUCAGAUCGUCACCACGUUUACCCAAGAAACAGUCGACGGACGCGGCCGUAGGGUCGUCCAAGACGGAAGCUCCGCCGAAAGACGCCGCCCGUCCACCGCCCGACAACGGUGUGAAGACAGUUGGAGCAACAGUCACGGUGACKGCCACAACAACGACCGCGACUACGUCGACGGAAUCGGCGUCAGCAGCAUUCGAUUCAUUGCCAUCGACCACAGCACCAACGUUACUCACGUCCACUACGACGACGGUACAAUCCGUUAUUCCAAUCACGGCGUCUACCUCGGCCACGGCCAUAGCGACUACGCACGCAACCAACGCUGUCGCUUUACCCGUCGUCGAUGGCGGACCGAUUGUCACGGCUGUGCCUCCUCCGGCGGCUAUUGCCGCAAACACCCUAGCCACUUUGUCCGUCAUAGAUCCAUCGACCACUACUCUGAAACCGCCCCAAAGCGCGAUGAGAUCUCGCGAUCCACCGGCCACCAACACUUCGUCAAAGCCAGCGACCACCGUUGUCGUAGUGGACGGUGGUCCAACGACAAAGGAAGCGACGACCACGCGACAGUCUGUCGCCGUCACGAUGACGACCACGCCGCCACUGUCAUACGAGUUACAAGAGAUCGUUGUGGAACCGGAAAUCGAAAACCAAAGCGGACGAACAGCCGUYCGCUUGUCUGUUAAUACUGAUGGCAACAAAACGUCGUCCACGGCUAGCAGCAGCAACGGUCACAAGACUGUCGCAUGGGCGAGGCCAUCCGAAAAGACUAUCGUGCCGGCGGAAGUCCCGCGGUCGRCCGAAUCGGUCACCAAAGAUCCGGCCUACAAAAGGUAUGCGCGGAAGCUAUGCGGUGGAGGCAGCGAAAGCGGUCGCGGUGGACAUCGACCGUCCACUGCCGCAGAUGGCCGUGUGUUGAAGUGCUGGGCGGCGGUGUGGAAAAGGCGGCCGCGGCCGUGCGGAAAAUGCUGUGGCCAAAAGCGAACAGCCGCCGUGACGGCGUCCACUGCAGAGGCCGCGUCCGGCGGCCGACGACGUCCACAAUGGUGGCGGCGGUGCAGUGACAAGUUGUGCUGUUGCCGCGGCCAGCGGGCGGCGGCGAACAAGAGGAAACUUGCUACGGUAGCAUCGUCAUCGGACCAUUCGGUCGGGGCGCUCGGCAUCGCUCCGCCGACCAUGGCUACCGACACGUUCUGYGGCAAGUUGAAAAGGCGGUCGCGUCGCUGCUGCUGCUGCUGUGGUUGGUGUUGCGGCUGGUGUACCGUCCCAAAGUUCUUCAAGCGGAUCUGCUGCUGCUGUUGCCGCGGCAAAUCAGUGACGCCGAAGAGCAAGUCAGCCGAUUCGCAAAAGCGGUCACUGUUUAAGUGUACCGGUUGCUGUACGAAUAUACCUAAAUUGGAUGCAGUUUUUGUCGAUCAUUCGUCCGUUAUGAAAGGUGCUAUACCAGUACUACCAGUAACACUGGCAUGGUUGUGUUUAGUGUUCAACGUCAUUAUUCCGGGAGCAGGCACGUUCUCCAGCGGAAUGUUGUGCUUAUGCAUUGGUAAGCCAAGAUUCACGGUCAACGACACCUUUCAAUCCAGGGUAGGCGCAUUUUGCGUGAACUUCGUCGUAGCCGCUGCUCAGCUGUUCACGGUGCUUUUUUGUUUAGUCGGCUGGGGAUGGAGCAUAUGGUGGGGUGUGAUAAUGCUCAAGAUGGCGAGUAAGUCGAGUCUUCUGCAGAACGUACUUCUCUAUAAACAAUUGAAUAUAUUUUAUUAG